GGUAGAGACAAGAUGAAACACCGAGUUAUUCCUGAGCAACAUGUUGUCACCUGUUAUCUAAGUUCUUGGAUCUCUCUUUGCUUGGAAUGUGCUUAAUGAUGUGCUGUGAAGGGCAGUUGCAAAUGGAGCUAGCAGAAAUAUGAAAACAACAGAAUAGUAGAGCUUGCAGAGGCACUGGAUGAUACAAGGACACAAAGAUGAAAGACACAAAUAUGUCUAAGAACCUAUCAAAGUAUCAACAGUGGACAGACAAAUAUAAGACAAGGAAGAACAAAGUUGAAACUGGAAGGACACAUUCAGUAUCAAGAAUAGUAGCUAAAACAAGAGAUAGUUUUCGUGCCUAUGAUUCAGAUAAUGAAAUGAAUUAUAAAAGAGACAACAUGGGUGAAAGAGGUUGUGGGCAAGAUAAGUAUAUAGCAGUGGAACAAGCUCAGGAAAGAUGCUCACGGCCUAGAGGAAGACUCCAGCUUAGGUUGAAGAAAGUGAAGCAGGAUGAGGCUAAUGAAGUGGCUGAGACGAUUAGUGAAUGCAAUACUGAUGUAAGAACAAAUGGUAAAUUGACAGUUGAUGAAAGUGGACAAACAGACAGCAGUGAUCUUGUUUGUGUGUAUAAUGUAACUGACAGUGAUUUUGAUGAUCAUCAUGACAGACAGAAAUUAAAUGUCCAGGUAGAAAAGUACCAAACCUCAGAACAUUCUGUUGAAUUUCACUCUGAACAAAGGGUUAGGCCUUCUGUCAGAUCAAGACUGAACAGUAGAGGCAUUGAUAAGUCAGACUCUGAAAGACAAAAUAAACAUGAAAAUGGAGAUGUAUCUGAUCACAGAAAAUAUGGAAGUAGAGAAUCAGAGCAUAGAGUUAGAUCAAGUAAAUGGAAGAGAAGAGAAAAACACAGGAAUAUGUUUUUAAGUGAAAGCGAAUCUGAAUUUGAAGUUGAAGAGGAACAUGACUUGCGUAAAAAAUUUAGGAAAGUUAAAUCCAGGUAUUUUGGAUUUGUGGGAAGGAAACAAUCUGCAAAAUGUUCAACAGCAGGAGAUGAAACUGAAAAUCUGAAUGAGUCCAAGACCAGUGAUGAUGACAGUGAACUGGACAUUGUUUAUGAAGAAACUUGUGGUAACAAAAUUGGAAAGUUGGAAUGUGAAUUUUGUAAAAAGAUAUUUGUGUCUGAUGACAAACUUGAUAAUCAUUACCUGACACAUUUUAAGUCUGUAAAAAGAUUAAAUACCUUUCUUAACAAACGGCGACAACAAAAAUUCUCAGUGUCAUCUCCAUUGAAAAGUUCUUCAAUUUUAAAACAUUCAGGAAGUAGUCAUUCUGGUGUAAAGAAGAAAGUUGUCUUUGAAAUGGAUGUGGAUGAAGGAGUUGACUGCAGAUCUCCAGAGAUUAACAACUGUGAAAUUAUAGAUCUCAUGUCUGAAGGAGAUUAUACAUUUGAAAGUGAAACUAAUCAAACUAAAUAUAAACUACAAGAGGAAGUACCACUUCUAAAUGUGAAGAAAGAGGAUGAGAUUGACAUGAAAUUGAAAACUCAAGAUGGUAUCUCAGAUGUAGUCAGUGAUUCAGCUAUUGUGAAUGAGACAGAGAAAUUAAACAUAAAUGUUAAUGGAGAAAGAAUAUAUUGUACUCAUAAUACAGACUUGGCAAAGUCAUGUCUGCAAAGAAAUGUUGAAAUUGUGCUAAAGCCAUUACAUUUCCUGAACGAAAAGCCAGUUGGAAAAACUGAAACAAAAUUGAAUGAUCAUGAAACAGAUUUAAUGAAUGAGCAUUGGUCGGUUGCACAAAAUCUUGUCUAUGGUAAUAAAAUUACAAAAUUGACAAAUAUCAGGGAUAAGAAUGAAUAUUCCAAGAAUCAUGAAAAAGGUCCCUUAAAAUUGACAUUAUCAAAAAAGGUUGAGACUGGGAGAGGAAAUGAACAAAAUAAAAGCAUGAAAAGAACUGUUGAGAGUGAAAACCAAUAUGAAUUAGACGUGAAAAGAGGUAAUGAAAGAUGUAACAAAGUUAAAAUGUCUAAGGUAGGAAAGAAAACUGAAGGAAAUAUUACAAAGGGGACAAGCACUGAAUCCUGUGGAAGUGAUGUUAAAAACAGCAUUUGUAAAUUUGACUUAAAUAGGUCUUUAGAUAGAGUUCCUAGCAAAGAUUCAAAGAUAAUACAGAAGAAGAUACGAAGCAGGUCAGUUGAAAAUGGUUCGAGAAACUCUGUUCUUGAUAUAGAUAAUAUUAAAAAGGAUUUAAUAGGCUGGACUAAAGAAUUUGAAAAAAUGAAAACGCUUACUGAAAACAUUGCUAAUUCAAAGUUGUUAGAUCAAAGUGUAGGGAUUGAUAAAAGUCAGGAAAUAGAAAAUAAGGACAGUGAUAUAAUAAGUACAAAUGCCAGCAAGAAAAGAGCGAAAAAGCACAAAACAACUAAACAAGAAAAAGAAGAUAAUCUUUCACAUAAGAAUGUAAGUAUAGUUCAGUCCAAAGAACAUGGCAAGAAAAAAUGUUUAUCCAGUGAAGGAAAGGUCAGUAGUGAAUACAGCAAGAAAUUGUCUGAAAGGUCAGAUAAGCUUUGUUGUAAAACUGGUAAAAGGACAGGGCAAAUAAUUGAAGUGUCAGCUGAUGUGCAAAAUGUUCAGGUUGAAGCGUCUGGUAGUACUAGAAGUGUCAGCCCUAUGGCCUUGGAAAGACAAACUUUUCAGCAAAAACAAAGCUAUGGAAAAUCUGAAGGAGAUCCUAGUAAAUAUCGUAUAGUGGUCAGUGAAGCUAAAGAUGGAAAGAAAAAUGUUCAUGAAAGGAAGACAAAGAAAAAUGUAAGUAAGCUCAUUGACAAUAGAACUUCUACAAAAAAUGCUGAAAUUCUGUCAUGUGAGAGUGGAGAACAAAAAGAUUUUAGAAAGACAGAUGAUUCAAGGGUAGCAGUGUUGAAUUCAAGUACAAACUUAAAGUCUGCUCAAAAGCCAGACAUUAGAAUCAGGAAUAAUUCUGAGAAAGAGAAAGGCAUGAAAAUAAAGUCAGAUAACAAGCAAACUAAAAAGGGAAAAAAGAAAAGAGAUUGCACCGAAAAAGGGUUUGAAGAAAACCAUGUGUCUGACCAAAAUAAACAGAAUAUUACAGUUGGUUUGAAAUUUUUGAAAACAGGCCUUGUAAAAAAGAAGUCAAAGAGAACUGUGAAGAGGGAAAAGGAGGUUCUUAGGUCAGUUGCAGAAAGAAAAGGGAAGAAGAGGGUAAUGAGUGAAGAAUUUCUAUCCUCCUCCUCGGACAGUGAAGAUACACCAAUAGUGAAGACUGAUUUUACAACCAGAAGUGAAGAAAUGAAAAUAAGAAUACCGGUUAAAAAUGUUAAUAAGUUCAAAGCAAAGACGGAUGAAGUUGACAAAUGUAUAGAAAAUUUAGAAGUAAAAAAUAGAUUUUUAGUAAGUAAAGAUGAAAAGACCGUUCUACAGAGUGGUGAAGACACAUCUUGCUGUAAGAAGUCAAAGAACAAAGAAGCAAACAUGGAUUGUAAACGUAAAUAUGAGGUUCAGAGAAAACUAGAGAAAUUACAGUCUUAUAUAAUCUCAAAAGAAGACUAUUUUGCAAAGAAAGACAUGGAAAAUGUACCAAGUAAAAUGGACCUUAAUAAGAAUAAAAUAAGUGAGGUUUUAAAAAUUGGAACAGAAAUAAGUAGUGAUAGCUUUGACCAGAAUGAAGCACUGCUUAUGGAACCCCUAAAUAAUGAUGAUACCAAAAUAUAUGAUUCAUGCUAUGAUGAAAUUUUGAUUGAAUUUGCAGAAGAUGUGGACAUUGUUCUGAAAUCCCCUGAUAAGGCAGCUUUGAUGUUUGACGAAAAUGCUUUGUAUGGAAAUUUAGAGAACAGUAGUAGGAAAAAUUCUUUGAAUAGUGAUGAUAUCUUGAAUAGUAAGGACAAUUGUACAGUCGAUAAUGUUGAACAGAUACCAGUUGAAAAUAAAGACAUGAAGUGCAGAAAUGAAUCUCAGUCAGUUUGCAAAAAUGAAUCUGAUAUGAACAAAAGAACUAUUGAAGACUUUGAUAACACUAAAAAAUCUCUCUUAAGUGUUAGUUCUGGUCUGCAGAUGACUGUUGGUAUAGAAGCUGUACCGACUGUAUGUAUGACCCACACAUGCUCGUCACCAAAAGUUGACAAAAUGAGAAAAGGAAGUGUUGAGAAUGAGUUACUUUUUGAAGUGUCAAGUGAAAAAGUCAAAGAGACAGAAUCAAGUCAGAGAGAGAAAGAUAAAGGAGAGAAUCAUUCAAGACACAAGGAUAAAUUUGAAACAGAAGUAGCGACAGACAACAGCAAAAAUGUGAAGGAUAAUAACAUGACUGGGUUAGUUAAAAAGUCAGAACCUGUUAUGCAUCCUGACAGAAAUUUUGAGAAAGAGUCUCAGCUGAUUUUAAAGGAAAAGGUAGAGAAAGAAACACAUGCUACAGUCAGUCAAGUUGAUACGGUAAGGGAAAGGAGUAACUUUGAAGAUAAAGCUAAACCAGUCAUUAAUGUUUCAAAUAAAAAUAACAAGAAGGGAGCAGAAGCUAGGAGUAAAGAAAAUGAUAGUAAGGAGAAAAAAGAAAUGAAAAAAAUGUUGGACAAUGAGAAACAGUCAAACCUGAUUGAUAAGUUGGAAAGAGAAGAAGCAGAUGCACUUACUCAGAAUAAUUUGAAAGUAGAAAAUAAGACUCUGUCUGUACAUAACAAAGAAGUUAUAAAUGGAUUACAUUUAUGUAAUAUAAAUGAAAUGGAUGCUGAUAUUGAAACUAAGCAAUUAGCGCAGUUAGAAAGCAACUUGAAGUUAGGCAAAAGAAGUGAACUGAUAAAAGUAGAUGCAGAGUCACCACAUGUUGAUGGAGAAGUAAGUAAUUCAAAGCAUAAGAAGAGGAAAAAUAAACAUAGCCACUCAGAGCAUUCAGGUCAAAAACACAAACAUAGAAAAACUGAGCCGAGUGAAAAUGAAAGUUCUAUUAGUUUGACUGAAGUUGUUGGUAUAACUAAGUGUGCUGAAAAUAUGGAAACACAUAAUUCAUAUGGAUGUAAACAUAAAGACGUAAGUGGAAUGGUAAACUAUAAUCUUACUCAGGAGAAAAGUAGAACAAAUGAUGGCACUUUGAACAGGUUUUACAGAUGUGAAAAAUGCAACAAGUUAUUUCAUGGUGUGGCAAAUUUAAAUCUGAAAAGUUGUGCAAAAUGUGAAGAAAAGCAUACUGAAAAUUCUAGUGAAUGCAAAUAUAAUGACCAUUUGGAAGAGGAUAAACUGAAUGAUAGCAGAGGAUCUUUAAAUCAAAAGGGAGAACCUCAACAGAAAAUAGAAAAUCAGAAUUUUACACAGACUUGUACGGAAGUAGAAUCAGACAUUCCUGAUAGUGACAUUGACAAACCAGAUCCAACAGAUGCAUCUCAGGAUGUUCAUAUACAAAUAGAAGGAAGUACAAACUGCCAGAUAGAUCAGAGUGAUAAGCAGAAAAAAUUAAAGCUUUUGAUACAAAAAGUGAAUUUGUCCUCAUUUAGAUCAGAUGAUUAUAAAUGUAAAUUUACUGGAUCACCAGAACAACCUCGCUGGAAGGUAAAAACUUUUGAAACAAAUCAGACUCCAUUGAAACUUACUCUUACUAAUUCAGGUGAAAGGUCUGAGAAAAAGGAAUGCAUUGAUGCACAAAAUAAAUUGAAGAUACAUAGCUCAGAGCAGUUACAUCCAGAAAAUAAGAGCAGUCAGAAAGUUGCAGAACCUGCAGACAAGUGUCCACAAUUCUCAGCAAGAAAAGAAACAGAAAAUUUUAAAUCUGUAACAGGUAGGAAAGCAGAAAAUGUUAAUAUAAGAGAUGAAAAAAUACAGAAGGCAGAGAAAGGAGUGAAAAGAGAGAUUACACCAAAAGUGGAGUCUGGAGUUAAUAAGAUAGAUCAUUCAAAGAAGAAUAACCAGUCUGCAGAAAUUCUGAAUGAAUUUGAAAAGGCUUUGUGGAAAGAACAUGAAAUGAAAGGGAAAGAAAAGUGCAAAAAGAAAGAUACAGUUAAGAGUAAAACAAAAAGAGAAGAAUGGCAAAGUAGUGAGAAGUCAUUUGCUGCCGAUAAGUCUUUUUUGUUUAAAGAGAGAAGAUGUAAUAGGUCUUUUACUAACGAUGAUCCUGUACAACAUUUUCAGAAGUCAAGGACAGCUCAGAUGAUUUACAAUAAACACCAGAGGAAGAAUGUUGAUGAUGGGCUGCCAGACUUCUCAACUGCAAGGGUGGAUUUAGGAAGUUUACCUCCACUUAGUGUUUCUGCGAAAAAUUUGUCAGAUGCAAAUAGUAUAAAUAAAGGAACUGAUACUUUUUAUUUCCAGAAGGAAUUAAAUUUAUCUGAAUCCAGUUCUGAUACAGCUGUGUCUGUCUUUAGUGCAACUGCUGUUCCAAAUGGUGUUAAUACUGACUUAAAAAUAGCUGGUUCUAGAUCUUUCACUGAAGCAAAGGAUUUUAGCAAAGAUUCAGUAACAGAUGGAUCAAGAUUUGAUAAAGAAAUGAUAAGUUCUUCUGACAAGGCUACUGGAGUAGGUGCUGCUGGAACAACAGGUUUUACAAUAAAUCCUAGGUCUGACCAAAUAGAAAUAGGUUUCAUUACUGCUAAAACAAAUGGUGUAAGUUCCAAAACUGAUAUAUCUUACAAUGUUAAUAAAGAAAAUAAUGUAAAGCAUUUGAAAGACUUGAAGAAAGAAUUGGAGGCAGUAGUGAUAAACAAAGAUAAUGUGAAACUAAAAGAUUUAAUGAAGUCCUUUGCACCGGGUUCAGCAUUUUCUCCACCUUGGUGUAAAGAGAAGAGUGAAGAAGUUCAUAACAGCUCAGCACCAGUUUUACCAUCAUUCUCAGAAACUUUCAGCAAGAAAAAUCCCUUGCCUAUAAACCAGAAUCAAACAUUUUCUGGUUUUACAAACUGUGACAAAGUUCCAGGGUUUAGGGUGUUUAAUGAAUCAGUCAGAAGAGAGUCGAGUUAUCCUGAUGAUGAGUCUGCAUUUACAGAAUUGUCAGAACAUAGAAUAGACAUCAAGAAGAACUCAGACAAACGUGUAUCAGUAUUUGACAGGCUUGGUAAACGGAGGCUUUCAGAAGGAAGCAAUAGCACUGUAUUUUCUGUUCAAAGCCCAAUUUCAUCACCCAUCAAAAUGAACAAAGUUUCACCUUUAUCCAGUCCAAAGAUUGCAGAGUUUCUUGUUACUAAGCACCCAGUUGAAAAAAGGAAGGAUUUCACAAGCACACCUGCUGCAAAGUUUUCUUCCUUGAAUGCCAGGUCUGAGAUACAGGGCUCUGUACUUGAUAUUUCACAUAUUAGUAAAUGUUCAUCUGGUGUUUCUGAGGAGGCCAGUGACAUUUCAAGACCAAAGCGUAGAAAGAUCAAAAGAUACGAAAUACCAGAGAGUGCAUCCAGAGUAGCAGGUGAACAUGAAAAGAAAGAAAAUUUGCAAGAUUCCCGAAUGUCAUCCAUGGUGAUUUUAUCUGCAGAAUGCAGUCAAAUGGAUUAUACUAAUUUACUGGGAUCUACAGUUGAUAAAUCAUUGGGAGACAGUGGAAAGGAAGUUUCAGAGCUGAAAAACUUUAAAGAUGCCACCAUGCAUUCAGAAAAUGAUUUUCAAGUGGGCAGUGACAGUAAUAAAACAAGUAAAAAAAUGAACAGAAGUGUGUCAUCUUCAGCUGUGAUAUUGUCUGAAAGUUUGCCAGUAAAGGAAGGCUUAAACACGGAAAAUAAACUAGACUAUGGGUACGGUGGUCCAGUUUAUGCUUUGCCAAGUCAGGACUCGUACAGUAAAACUUUGACAGAAGGAGAUAAUGAAGAAGAUAGUAGGAAAGACUCUGUUGCUUAUAUGAAUGAAGAUUGGGUUGGUCAUAUUAAAAAGUCUGAAGGGAUUACAAGGCAGCUAGACAAAUGUCUGGAAAAUGCACAGGUCCAGGAUGUUAGUUGCAGAGAAUAUAAAGUAGAAGUACAUGAAGAAGUAGAUGAAGAUGUAUUUGAUAAUCAGAAACUAGAAAAUAAUGUAACUAGAGACGAUAAUUCUAUUGAGAGUAAAGCAAACAUGGCUUUAAAUGAAAAUGUUCCUUAUAGUGUAAAUGACAUUUCAUUGAAAAUGAAAGAAAAUACAAAUGAUUCUGAGGAUGUUUCAGCUUUUGUCAGAAACAGGGAGGUUGAUGAAAGUGAAACUGAAGUUCACUACAAUAUAGAAAAUAUUGGAGAAACACAUUGGGGAAGUGAGGAAGAAUCUGAAGUUCACACUGAUUCAGAGAAUGAUGAAAGGAAGGGAAACACUGAUACAGAAGCUGAAGAUAAUAAUUUGGAAGAAGACAGAGACUCUACAGAUGAAGUGAAGAGACAUAUAGGGGAGGAAGAAGUCAUUGAAGAUGUCCUGGAACUUUAUGCGUCUGAUGAGGAGGCUUCAUUCUUGUUAGAUUCAGCAGAACCAUCCCCACCAACUCCACCACUAAUACAGAACAAAGCAAUGAUGGUGAAUGAUACAGAAGAAAAUAAUGAAGUACAAGACAUGGAGUUGGAGACAAACACUUCCUUAUAUGAAAGUCCUGUUGAAGAGACAUUUGUCCCUGUGAAUGUAGAUCAGCUUCCUAAACCACCGUGUGAGGUGCCAGUGUUUCAGCCAAUGAGAAGCAACCCUUACAAGACCCGUUGGAUGCCGAGCGGCUGGUGUUUUAAAUAUUUCAGUAGAAAAACAUGCAGCGCACAAUGUACUUUUAGGCAUGACAAUCCAACAGAGGAUGAUUUACACAGAUAUAUGCCUGAAAUAGUUGAAAAAUGCAAAAAAGGAGAAUUAAACAGUGGAAUGAAUAUGCUUGAAAGUCAGAGUUAUUUUAUGAUGAACAUCUGCCAGGACGACCUGGAUUGUUUAUAUGGCUACAGUGUGAAUCAUCUCAAUAUGGAGUACUGCCAUAAGUUGUUGCAGUUGAUUGCCAAUAGAAAUUUCGUCAAAGAAGGGCAUAUAGAUGACAUUAUCUAUCUGUGGAAACGUUUGGUGUAUUGUGAGGAUAUAGCACCUCUGAAAGAUGCCUUCUAUAUUGCCAAGGAGAACAAUAUCUACCCGAAGCAUAGGGCAGUCCUUAUUCUCUUAGAGGCUUUCUCAGCCUACAGUGAUGUGUAUAUGCUCUGGGAUGUGAUAAUCUACUAUACCCAAACUGAGGAUUUUGUCGUACCCCAGCAGUUCAUCAAUAAAGCUGUGACAUUGCUGAUCACUUGCCAAGAUACAUCACUGUUGUCUUCAGCUGUAUCCUGGUUAGAGAAAACCUCUCCGCAACAACUUGUUAACAUUAGCAAUGAGCCAUUAUCUACACUAGAGAACAAACUACAACAAAGCAGUAUGGGUACAAUAGUGUCCACACUUUGGCAAUGUCUUCGGAACAAAAGGUGGAUUGCCAGAGGGAUUAGACAGAAAAACAUGACAAGUUCUGAUCAUCCCAAUCAGAACUCAGACAGUGCUGUUUCAGACACAGGGCAGCAUGGAACUAACCAGCUUUCAAAUGCCUGCUUGCAGUCAAGGCCUGUAACUCCAACCAAUUCUGACUUGCCCAAUUUUGGCAGCAGAAGUAGUGAACAAGAAAAAGCAAACCAGUUUGCUACUUGUAUGCAGUCAAGAGCAGUAACUCCAGUUAAACAUGACUCAGCAGAUUUAACUAAACUGAAAGUACCACAGCAACUAACUGCACAAUUAAAAUCGAGAAACAUCUCUCCUACAAAACAGGAUGUGUCAAAUUUUGCUAGUGGGAAUGGACACAAAAGGAGACAACCACUCCUUGGUAAAAAACCAUCUAGAGCAGGGACCCCAACAAACUUCUCCGAUUCCAGGGACAUUAGAGAACAUCCUGUGAGGGAAAGAAACAUUUUGAAAGAGAUAAAGACUGCUUCAGAGACUAGUAACUGGCAGGAGCUUGCUGAUCUCUUUGUUUGGUGUUGCAAAACUUGUGCAGUAACACCAGAAGUAUUUGAACAAACCCUCCUGGCCCUCACAGAGAAUGAUAGCAACAUUGGAACAGUUUGGAGAGCUUUCAUCCAACGUAUUAAACAGAAGCAAAAAGAGGAUCCUGAUUUAAGACUGGACAGCUACAGUCUGUCAGUUCUAGGCUCGGAAAUCUUCUAUUUUUGCCGUCGGAUGAAUUUGUUUGAUGCGAGGGACAUUCUGUUGGUAAUACUGGACACCGAGUUUUUAUCGCUCAGUCAGUUUGUGAGUCACCGGUGGAAAGUGAAUCUUGAACUUGAAGCAGCAGAGUUUCUGUGUAAAAUUAAGAUGCCAACAAGAUCUGCUCAAAUUGUUCUAGAAUUUUCGUCCACAAGUUUGGAAUGUCACGAGGUAAGAACAAGACUGUGGAAUAUUCUGAUACCUUUAACUGAACAGCUUUGUAUGGAAGGAAACUAUACAGUGGCAUUCCAGAUAUUCUACAUGGCAUUUAUGUGGAAAUACAGAGGUCUACGGAGGAUAGCUUCAGAUUUGAUUGAGAGUUGUUUAAAUGCUAAGAUGAUAGACAUUCCCAUUCAGAUUUAUGAGCUUUAUAUAACAGAUAACAGAAAGUUUGAUAUUCGGGAUACUUUGAAGCGGAGCUUACUUAAUGCUCUUGUCGAAACUAAAAAUGAAUACGGUAAAAGAUUAUUCUUGGACAUGAAACAGAACAUAUCUGCACAUUUAUUUCCGGAGCAGAGUUACAAGAAGCCCAGAUGCAUUUGGAUACAUUCUUUGAACACUCGCAGUGAAAUUAAACUGAUGGUUGAGCAGUAUUUGAAUGACCUAUAUGAUCAGUUCUGUGAUCAAGUAGCAAAAAACGCCACCUUAACUAGCGAGGAAUUGUUCCUAGACUUGGCAAUAAAUAAACUACCUACACUUGGAAAUCCAGUAGUGUUACCGUAUGUUGGUCCAGCUAUGGCUUCACCCUCGAUUAUAAAACGGAUACUUCUAUCAGAGUUCGGCAUUCAGAGUGAAUUAUCAUGUCAGGGUGGUGUGAAGAUUACUGUUUAUCCAGCAUCUUUAGAGAAAUACAUUAAACACUUGGAUCUUCAAGGUCACAAUCUAGGACUAGAGUUCUCAAAGAACAUGCCAGCGCAACAGGUGAAAAGACACAAAAUAAAGAGAUGAAACCCUGAGAUGGGAAUAUUUCAAAUAGUGCUAUCAGUAUAGAGAGGCAGAACUAUGUUGUAGAAGAGAGGAUAAUAAAUCACUCGUAGCAGGAGACACUAACACACAGGACAUGAAGGAACCAACCUUUGCAUUGUGUCUUUAAGGUUCAAAUUACAAGAUACAUUACAAUAUACAUUGUGUAGUCAGUGGACUGCUCAGAAACUGUGGUUUUGAAAAUGAUAAAAUUCUGUAUGAUCAUCAGAUAUAUAAACUGAUUAUUUAGACAAAUUCUGUCCAAUACUGUGUUAUCAGAUUAUUGUCUGCAACAAUAUGCAAUAGAAAUCAUUUUAUAAUUUCUUGCAUAUUGUAGUAAUUGAGAAGUGAAGGCGCAUCUUCAUUCAGGAACAUCAGUAGGUUAUUAACCACUGUCUGUAAUGCUAAGUAUUUCAAUUAUACAGUAUUUCUACCACGGUUGAUUUAAAACAAAAAGUGCUAUUUUUUUACUAUGAAGGGACUGUUUGACGUUUAAUUUGCAGAGUUUUUAUUUGUGUACAUUCCAAACUUUAGUUCUUUCUAAAUUUCUAGUCAUUCCAUUUAAUCAGAUUAGCCAUAGUAUAUAAGAGAGUUAUUGUUGUUGUAUUGUGUAUUUGUACUAGUCAGUAUUAUUAGCUUCCCAUCUUUCAGUUUAACAUACCUCCUCUUCUGUGAAGAGAGGUUAUAUUGUUUUGCUCUCUCUGUCAUUCGGUAGACCAUUGUUUACAAUCCAUUAAAGAAAGCUUGGUCAUGCAGUAUUAAAACUACAAAGCAUGAUUGUAUAUGGUCAGCAGAUGACCCCUAUUCUGAAGGUCAAAGCCUCAAUGACCUUGAGAGACUGAAAAUAGUUUGUGCUCAAAAAUUAAAGAACACUUUGGCCUACAGUCAUCAAACUUCAUAGGAUGAUUGCUGUGUGUGCAUAGAUGACCCUUUUGUUUCGGGUCUCAGAAGGCCAAAGAUCAAGGUCUGGCAAUAAUGACCUUGACAUUGAAAACAAGUUUCUGCUCAGUAAUUUAAGAAGGUUUAGAACACAGGAUGAUUGCCUGUGUAGAUGACCCAUGUUAUUAUAUGUGUCAAAAGGCACAGCCACUGACCUGGAGAGCCCGCCCGCUUAGCUCAGUAGGUAAGAGCGUUGGUCUACGGAUGUCGGGGUUGCGAGUUCGAUCCUCGGGCGGGGCGUAUGUUCUCCGUGACUAUUUGAUAAACGACAUUGUGUCUGAAAUCAUUAGUCCUCUACCUCUGAUCAUGUGGGGAAGUUGGCAGUUACUUGCGGAGAACAGGUUUGUACUGGUAUAGAAUCCAGGAACACUGGUUAGGUUAACUGCCCGCCGUUACAUGACUGAAAUACUGUUGAAAAAGGGCGUUAAACCCAAAACGAACAAACGAACACUGACCUGGAGACUGAGCAGUUUUCACAUAAUGUUCAAAGAACAUUUGUGCCUGCUGCUUUUUAUUUGCCCAUCUCUGAAAGAGCAUGGCAUAUUAUGUGAACAACUGUUGGGUGGUCGGUCGGCGUUCAAAAACAUGUCCGCUCUCCAAGUCAAACAGUUUCCAUCCGAUCUUCACCAAACUCGCUGACAAUGUUUGUGGGUAUAAUAUCUCGGCCAAGUUAGAUAACCACCCAAAUCGCCCACGGCACUCCUAGAUUAUGGCCCUUGAAUUACUCGGAAAAAAACUGCAAAUUUAGCCUUGUUAGCUCUUUGAGUCGAACAGAAUUUAGUCUAAUCCGCUCUCUGAGUCAAACAGUUUUCAUGCAGUAUUCUCCAAACUUGCUGACAAUGUUUGUGGACAUAAUAUCUAGGCCAAGUUCAAUAACCACCCAAAUCGCCCCAGGCACUCUUUGAUUAUGGCCCUUGAAUUACUUGAAAAACUGCGAAUUUAGCCUUGUCCGCUCUCUAAGUCGAACAGUUUUCAUCCAGUCUUCACCAAACUUGCUGACAAUGUUUGAGGGCAUGUCUUGGCCAAGUUUAAUAACCACCCAAAUCGCCCCAGGCACUCUAGGAUUAUAGCUCUUGAAUCAGGCCAAGUUGAUGAUGGGCAUAUUUUGUGACUGUCUGGUAUUCUUGUUAACUUCAUCAGGUGAUUACAUGCAGUAUAGAGAUUUAAGGUCAGUACCUCAGAGGUUAAGGUCACAGUGACCUUGAGAUUGAAAACAGUUUCCAAUCUUCACUAACGAAUGCUCAGGCCUUUACUGCAUGAUUGCCUGUUGUGAGUGGAUGAAGCCUGUAUUGUUUACAUACCCAGUUUUCUCCCGUAGGCCAUCACAGGGGAGCAUAUGCAGCUUAUAUUUAGAUAAACAAUGUUUUUUACAUUUCAUUGAUAUUAUGUUAUUCAUUCUUACUUUAUACUAGUCAGUAUUACUUGUUAUCUUUCAUAAUUAUAGUCAUUUUUUUUUUUUUUUUUUGGUACUAAGUAGUUCAGCAAUUACAAUUGUCAUUUAAACAAGUUUGUUAUCUCUAGUCAGCAGUAUAUACUUCUUAGGAACAUUGUGCUGUACCAUAAAUUAGUAUAAUGUAAAUAGUCUUGUGUAUCAAGAGAAUGUUUUCUUAAAGCUUUGCGAAAAAAAGUAAGGAAAAGAUGCCAGGUUAUUCCAGUGUAAAUUGCAUAUUACUGCUGUCCCAUUUGUAUUAUGAAGAUUUCAAUAAUGUCGAGCAUAAUCUCUGGGAAAGGUAUAUUGGAACAUUAUAACAUUGUGUAAUAGCACAAGUAGUUACAUAAUAGUGCGGUAUAAGAUCAAGGUUUCAUUUGUACCGCAUUGAGGCUUCCGGUGUUUUCACCAAUGCUGGCACUCAGGGUGUAGGGUUACUGUUACUGUAAGAACUACUUUUAUGAAUGAAUGCCAAGUUUUUGCUCAAUUAUAAGAAAAUAGUGCUUAAAAGAAAGUCAUUUGUUUAAUAUUAGUUUUUCUGUUAUUUGUAAAAUACAGUAUUCGAGAAAAAGAAUCGUCACUGGUUGGAUUAGAAUUCUGUCUCUGAAGGAAAUGUUCAGCAGCAAAUUGGCAGAGCCUUGUUAUAGUACAAACACUUCCUUCCUGUCAGGUAUUCUCAUCUGGCCAUACAAGUAGUGAAAGAUUUUGUACAGUUGUAAAAAAAAAUACGAUGUAAAAAAACUGAUACAAUAGUGUUUUAUGUAUAUUAACUCAAUUGUAUUUAUAUGUAGAUUUUUUGUUAAUUUUAGUUUCAAUUUUAGUGAACAUUGUAUAAGAAAAUGUAUGAUUUAUUUAAUCUCAGUUAUGUCCAUGAAUGUAGAUCUGUUACGGUUAAGUUCUUUUUAAGUUCAUUUUUGUUUUUCUUUAUUUAGAAUUUAUUUUGUACAUAUUGAUGGCCAGUUGGUUCAAACUUUUAUUUAUUUUAUUUUUCCUCAUCUUACUUUUUGUUGUGUUAAAUAUAUUUUAUUUGCAUGACUUUGGGAUACAGUUAAGGCAAGUACAUGUAGUUGUUAGUACAUCAGUAUUAGUGGUUUCAACACAGGCCAUUUGGAAAUAUAUAGUAAUGAGGUCCUGUUCUUAUGCCAACUUUGUGAGAUCUCGUGCUACAUUUGUUUGCAUACAUGAAUUAUUUGAUCCUGUGCUUAUUUUGUUUGAUACAUGUGUUAGAUAGCAUGCUAAAUUUGUUGGAUCUCAUGCUAAAUUUGUUUGGAUCUCAUGCUAAAUUUGUUUGGAUCUCAGCCUUAUUUGAUUUCUUACUAAAUUAGUUUGAUCAGUUGCCUAGUACUGUUGGAUCUCGUGCUUAACUUGUUUGAAUCUCAGCCUGUUGGAUCUCAUGCUAAAUUUGUUUGAUCAGUUGUCUAACAGUUGGAUCUCAUGCUUAACUUGUUUUGAUUUCAGCCUUAUUUGAUUUCAUGCUGAAUUUGUUUGAUCAUGUUUAGAUCUCAGCCUGUUGGAUCUCAUGCUAAAUUUGUUUGAUGAGUUCCUAACUGUUGGAUAUUGUGUGAAACUUGUUUGACCUAAUGAUCACUUUGUUGAACCUCAUUGCUGUUGUGACCUGAAGAUUAUGUAUAUAUUGUAAAUCCAGAAGGGAAAGAUACCACAUUUUAAGCUUAUUUCAGUUUGUGUAAAUGAUCGAUCGUUGAUGUGGUUUUUCCUCAAAUUUAUGUUAGUUCGCUUACAUGGUGUCAUCAUUUUGGUAGGGGACAGUAGCAAUUUGUUAACCUGCUAGAUACAGUUAACGAAUAUUCUAGUCAAUCCCUUUAGGUAUAAAUAUAUUUUACAUGUACAGUAAAUUGUUGCUUUAAAGUUUAUAUGUUCAAGUCAAGUUUGUUUCUCCAUGUAUAGGGGAUAUGUUAGUUUUGUGCUGUCUGUCUGUCCAUCCAUCUGUCUACCUGUUCAUUUGUCACAAAAGUUUGUUUGGACAACUUCUCUGAAACUACUGGUUGGAUCUCAGUCAACCUUUUUUGAAAGGUUUAAUACCAAGGCUGCUUUCACUUAUCAUCUAAUGAUUUGUAACAGAGUUAUGGCGCCCGCCCACUUAGCUCAGUAGGUAAAAGCGUUGGUCUAUGGAUGGCGGGGUCGUGAGUUCGAUCCUCGGGCGGGGCGUAUGUUCUCCGUGACUAUUUGAUAAACGACAUUGUGUCUGAAAUCAUUAGUCCUCCACCUCUGAUUUAUGUGGGGAAUUUUGCAGUUACUUGCGGAGAACAGGUUUGUAGUGGUACAGAAUCCAGGAACACUGGUUAGGUUAACCGCCCGCCGUUACAUGACUGAAAUACUGUUGAAAAACGGCGUUAAACCCAAAACAAAAACAAACAAACAAACAGAGUAAUGGCCCUUAAAAGUCUGUCUUUGAAUAAAGCUUUAUGUGUUACUUCUGUAUUAAUGAUUUUAUUUAAAUGAAAGUAAGUAGGAUUGAUCAGUACUAAGCCCAGUUGCACUGUUUUACAUAAUUUUGACUGAGUAUUUUUUUCGAGGCAUAUGGGCCUGAAAUAAAAAUGGUAUAUUUCAAUAUGUUUACUGUCUAACAUAGUCAUUAUACACCAGUCCUAUUUUUUUAACCUAUCCUAAUCAUAUCUUUACAGAAAAUGUAUACCAGUAUACCUUUCAAGUGGGAUUAUUAAAUCAGGUGUUUGGAGUAGUGUACCCAUGAAUUAUCAAAAAUGCCAUUUUAUAGUGUUUACAGUCACCAGCACCAUUUCUGAAUCCUGAGUCCUUACCAUAAUACAAAAAAAAUUGUUUAUACUUAUUAAACCAAUGUAAAGUCAGGGUACUGGUAAAGCCAGACCAUUGAUUGCUGAAUUACAUGCUUUUGAUUAAGUAAUUAUUUCUAUGUAACAUUUAUAUGCAGUGUAACUCGUGUAUAACUGCACAUACCAAUCUUUGAAUGUGAAAGUAUGUGUGUGUUGUAAUGAAGUUUGGUCUUUGUGAACUUGACCUUGAGGUAAGAUCAAGGUACUCAGAUGAACUAUAUAAUAUAGGGCUACGAUAGCCCUCUUUUUAGCUUCUGCCGAUCAGUUAUGGUAGCAUACAGUAUUCUGUUCACUUUGUACCAAAUUCGUUUCUAUUUUCCCCCAAACAAACUUUUAUGACAAACAGUGUAUUGCUUAACAUGUGUUUGUCUUUCUCCCAACACACACCUUUUGUGCUAUGCCUAGAUAUUGCAUGUCCGUUCACCCUGCCAUUCAAAUGAAACAGUAAGGGGAGACAUGCUUUAUGUCAAAAGCAAUCUCCAAUCAUUUUAUUUUGAGGAAAAAGUCUCUUAGAUGUUAAACUAUAGUUAAUAGUUGUUUCUUACUUUCAAAUUGGCAUUAUUAGAAAAUAUGUAGAAAGAAUUACUUAGCCUGCUAGUGCUUCAAUGUCUUGUAUGCAAUAUUGAAGCAACUUUUUUUUUUAUUAAUUAUGAACAUAUGGUUUUGUAUGUAAAAAUCAUGAAAUUUUCUGAUGCAUGUUAAUAAUGUGUUUUAACAGUUGGGACAAUUAUUGUUUUACAUAUUAAAUGUGUUCAGGCUUUUUAUCCUUUAUCAAUGGAGGUUUUUAAUGUGCUUCAUCUAGAUCACAAUUGUUUCCAUAAUGACAGUGUAAUUUUCAUAAUCAGUUUUCAUUUGGAAAAAUUUGAAGCUUUCUAAUAAGAUUUGUGAAUGGAAAUUCAGGUAUGUUUUCAUGACUCUAUGCGCCUUCGACAAAGAAUAAUGUAGGCCUACUUUGUGAUUAUUUGAUAGAGGACAUUGUGUCUGAAAUCAUUCAUCAUCCACCUCUGAUAUAUGUGGAGCAGAUGGCAGUUACUUGCAGAGAACAGGUUAGUACUGGUACAGGAUACAGUUAAUAUUAAACUGAAAUCCUGUUGAAAAAUGGCAUUAAACCCAAACUACAGUGCUGUAUUUGUACCAUUGGUACAUUUUUUCUUCAGGCAACAUACUGUAAUAUGAUUGACUUGAGCU